AUGCGCCGGCAUGGCAGCUUAGAGAAGGAUGAGGAGGUCAACAAGGCUGCCUGGGAGGCUGCAAGAGGGGCGUUAACGGGGGCUGCGAGGUGGGGCAUCUAUGCCGGCGUCCUCGGCGCAGCAGCCUAUGCUUUCUCCCCUAUCUAUCGUGGGCUCACCAUUCAAUUUAAAGUCUACCUCCAAAUGUCCGGCAUGGCAGUCGGCAGCAUGAUCGAGGCAGACAGACGCAUGCUCGCCUAUGAGCGAAAAAUCAGGGCGGAGAAGCGGAUUGCGCGCGAUGCGGAGGUGUGGAAGCGGUAUAAGAUGGACUUUGAGGAAAGCGCGGCGCAGCGUGGGGGCCGGGAGGGCGCUGCUGCGAAGGGGAAGGAGUAG